AUGUCGCAACACGCAUUGUCCGACCAGCAGGUCGACAAUGAGCUCCGCAAGAUGACAGCGUUCAUCAAGCAAGAAGCCAUGGAGAAGGCCCGCGAGAUUGAAAUCAAAGCCAAUGAGGAAUUCGAAAUCGAAAAGUCCAAGCUCGUCCGCCAAGAGACCGACGCCAUCGACAUCCAGUACGAGAAGAAGUUCAAACAGGCUACCAUGUCGCAGCAAAUCACCCGGUCCACCGUUUCCAACAAGACGCGGCUCAAGGUCCUCAGCGCUCGACAGGAGCUCCUCGAUGACAUAUUCCAAGAAGCCCAGAAGAAGCUGGCGGAUGGUGCCAAGGAUAAGGCCAAGUACCAGAAGGUCCUCAAGGGUCUUAUCCUGGAGGGCUUCUAUGCUCUGAAUGAGCCGACACUGCAGGUCCAGGCCAGAAAGAAGGACCAUGACGUUGUCAAGAAGGCCAUCGACGAGGCUGCCAAGGAAUACAAGAAGGAGGUUGGCCAAGACAUUGAGGGAAAGCUUGAUGAGGCGAAUCCUUUGCCAGAGGGCUCAGCUGGAGGCGUCAUCAUCCUCAGUGGCAGCGGCAAAAUCGACAUCAACAACACCUUUGAGACGCGGCUGGAACUUCUCAAGGACUCUGCUGCUCCUGCCGUCCGAGAAGCCCUGUUUGGCAAGAACCCCAACCGAAAAUUCUUUGAUUAA